CACCACUCGCCCAUCUUACCCAUCAGUCAUCACACACCACCUCCCGUAGCCGGUUCACCCCACGCACAACUCGACUCGAGAACUCUCAAUCUGAGUCGCCUGUUGGUGCGCCAUGUCGCCAUCGCCGCCGCUGCCGUAGUGCCGUUGUUCGUCGAGAAUCAUCAUCAUCAUCUCAUCCUCCUAAACAUGACACCCUGAUCGAUUACCUUUGGGCUCGCAUUUACGACGGGAUACCCGAUACCCUCCUGGAUAGUGCCGGCUGUGGUGAGCCUGGUCGACCGAAUUCUCACGCCCUUGCAUGAGCUUCCCGGCGCUUCUUCUUCGGCGAGUUGGAAUAGACUUGUGUCUCGAACGCCUCAAAGACCGAGCGAGCCGCUGGCAGGCCUGCAACCCGGCGAGGUUGUGCGGAAUUUCGGACGAUUUCUGCUAUACUUGCGAUAGCAACAGCAGCUCGAUGUGUCCAAAAAGAUGGGUCCUCGUCCCCUAUGGUCGUCGUGUGUCGCGCUUGGGAUAAUCGACCACAACACAGCGCCAACCAACAGUCCAAACACAUGCCAGCCCACCCGACCGUAUCGUCUCGAACCCUAUUUGACCUCCUUGCGACAUUCAACGUUCCGCGACCGCGUGGCCUCAUUCGUUUUCUUACACCUUCCCGUGUAAGCAAGUCUGUCUGAGCGACAAACUCUCUUCGCUUUCCGCUCACCUUACACUUUUGCUGGUCAGCACACAGCAGCAGCAGCAUCAAGACCUUGUUUGCCGCGAUUGGGGUCCCUGCAACCAUACUUUCACCCUGUCUGACCUUUGAUACACUCCAGUUCUGUCUUGUCAUUUUUAUUGAACCGGAAGAACCACCAAUUGGAACCUUCGUCGUACUAGGCCGCUUAUUGGGAGUGCGAUCGUCGAAGGGACUCACGAAUAACAACGCCAGAUCGACCAGCAUUCCUUUGUCCGAAAAAAGGGCAGCUUGCUAGGCUCGUCCACUCUGACGGAUCCGGCUCGGUACACCAGGGAAUUAGGAAAGUGUAUUGUUUCGAUAGCUACCUGCUUUAGCGCCAUCAUACCAAACCCAUCGACUUGAUCAAUAUGAGUACUCCCGUCGAGGAGUUCCCAGAUCCGUUUGGGGACUCAGCAGAGUUGUUGUCAAAAUACACGCCCCCUUCAAGUGGCGUCAUGACUUCGGCUGAUGGAGGCUCACCAUCGGAUCGUCCUCUUCCCUCCAAGACCAAAAAGAAAGUGGGAUUUUCCAAUAAUGCUGAUAUUGCUGGCGAGCGUGUACCGCGUGCCAGCUGGGUUGAGACGUCGUCUCCCAGUGGUGCCACAUCGCCAGCAAGCGUCAGUCCCCAUAAUGCAGGAUCCCCCGAGGCCAGUGGCACGAAUACGCCAUCAAUUCCGCACAGAAGAGGCAGCAGUGGCGACUUAUUGAUCGGAGAUAUUAGCAAGUCCCAUCUGCCUGAGCUGUCUCAACAGCAGACGGACCAGAUUCGUGGGUCGCUCGUACAGCUCCAACAUCUAAGUGUCCCAGGACGUCCUCGACCUGCUCUACGGAGACCGCGAAGUCCACCCAGAGUAGAGGACCCAACCGAGCAUAUCGAGGGCCCGGACGAUAUUGGGGAGAGAUCGAAGAGACAACGAGCCACUCAAAGGGCAUAUGAAGAAGGCAGACGCGUGGAGCGAAUGCUGUCUGAGCCCAAUUCCCGUAACGCGUCACCAGAAAGAAACAAGAGAGACGAAAGUUAUAUGACAGAUGACAUACCCCUGCAAGACUUCAACAAAUUCGACGAUGACGAUCAGACUGACGUCGAUGAAGAGAGCUCUCUGGCUGGUCUUGACAAACAGCGGAGAGCCGGCGCUGAGGCCGAAGCCUUUAAACUUGUCAGAAGGCACACAAGCGCACGUGGAGCGUUUCGAAAUCAUGAGCUCGGACUGGAUCCUGGUUCUGCAGCUGUUUCUGGCACCGUUUCUGGAGCUGCGACGCCUGGAAAUGUUACCCCUACGGAGGAACAAAACUAUAUGGAAGAUUACCAACCUCGACCUCGACAAUAUAGAGGCGGCAUCUUGGGAAAUCUACUGAAGCUGUACGGUGACUCCUCGCAACAUCACGGAGGUCGCCAUGCGGGACAAUUUUCGCCUAGGGGCUUACCAGAAGCACAUGUUCGAUCUGUGAGUGGCGAUCACAGUCGAAACACAAGCGCCAUGUCAACGCCACAACACUCACCCCCGGAGUCUGGAGCAAGCACUCCCAGGCGUAUGAGCCUCAACCCUUGGUACAUGAGCAAGUCACGCGAUCGCCAGUCCACCGCAUCACUCGCUCAGCUUAUUGGUUCCUCGGCUAGCCUCAGUUCGCCGGGGUUUACGGGCCUGGGAGAGGAAGUCAGCCGGAGGUUGAAAGAACAACAAGAACAAGCCAAACGAGAAUCGAGCAAACGUCCUGGACUGGGCAAGCGCAAACACUCAUGGAGUCGCUUUGCCAAGCAACAGCAAGCAGAGCAGUUCCGGAUCACCAAUCACAUUGCCGAGACCAUCGCGAGGCAGAAGUAUCUCAUUGGACUCUGCAGAGCACUUAUGGAGUAUGGUGCGCCCACUCAUCGGCUGGAGGAGUACAUGAGGAUGAGCGCCCGGGUGCUCGAGACCGACGCGCAGUUCCUCUACAUUCCAGGGAGCAUGAUUAUGUCGUUCGAGGAUCGAGACACACAUACGAGCGAGGUCAAGCUGGUCAAGGUUGCACAGGGCCUGGAUCUCGGGAAACUGCGUGACGUGCAUGAGGUGUACAAGGAAGUGGUACACGACAAGCUGGGAGUCGAAGAAGCCACUGGCAGACUUAAGGAGAUUAUGAGGAAGAAGGACAAAUUCAACCGGCCAUUUCGAAUCUUUGUGUAUGGUCUGGCGGCGGUAUGCGUGGGGCCAUUCGCUUUUGGGGCCCGACUCAUCGAUCUCCCCAUCGCUUUCAUCCUGGGUGCCAUUCUGGGAGUGCUUCAGCUGUACGUGGCACCUUCGUCGGAUCUAUACGCCAACGUCUUCGAAAUCGCGGCUGCCGUCAUUACGUCUUUCCUGGCGCGCGCCUUUGGUAGUAUCAAAGGUGGCGACCUCUUCUGCUUCUCGGCGCUGGCUCAAUCAUCGAUCGCUCUGAUUCUUCCCGGUUACACUGUCCUCUGUGCCUCGCUGGAGUUGCAGUCACGCUCGAUCGUGGCUGGGAGUGUCCGCAUGGUCUACGCCAUCAUCUACUCACUGUUCCUUGGGUAUGGCAUCACGGUCGGGACGGCGAUAUACGGUAUGAUUGACCGUCAUGCCACGUCCGAGACGACAUGCCGCAACACCAUACCGGAGUAUUGGUUCUUCUUUUUCGUUCCGGGCUUCUCGAUGUGCCUAAUCAUCAUCAAUCAAGCCAAAUGGAAACAAGCGCCGAUGAUGAUGAUUAUCGCGUUUGCAGGAUAUGUGGUCAACUACUUUUCCGCCAAGCGUUUUGAAGGCAAUACCCAAGUGUCCAACACGCUCGGAGCACUGGCUAUUGGCGUCAUGGCCAAUCUGUACAGUCGCAUUGGAGGGCGGGUGGAGAACAUGGCUCUCGACUUUUGGGAAACUCGGCUCCGACCUCACUGGAAAUUGUUCCGGCAACGAGUGUUCCGGGUGGAGAAUCGCAGAAGCUCGCCCAAGAGUAUGGAAGAAGGCAGCAGUUCGUACGGCGGAAGCACGCGUUCCAACAGCGACGCGGAAUCCAUCUUCAAGCCUGCAGCACGUCGAGUCGGAUAUUCGUUAGCAGCAGCAGCGAUGCUCCCGGCGAUAUUCGUACAGGUGCCGUCUGGUUUAUCGGUGCAAGGGUCACUUGUUAGUGGACUUGCGAGUGCGAAUCAGAUCAACGGGAAUGCUGCCAAUGGAACGCAAGUGGCCAAUUCGAGCACCAUCACGUCGUCCAGUGCGACGACGGACGGCUUGAACAGCAUUGCGUUCACGGUCGGAUACAGUGUGAUUCAAGUUGCCAUUGGGAUCACAGUGGGACUGUUCCUGAGCGCCAUUGUGGUGUAUCCGUUUGGAAAGAGGAGGAGUGGACUGUUUAGUUUUUGAGAGAGAGGGAGAGAGAGCGAAAGUGAUUUCUACUUGUAUAUUCAUUCCUACUGCAGCGUUCAAGCAUAGCAUCUAAAAUGUCAAGGAUAGGGCAUGGUGGUACUCUGGUAGUACAUGCACCUUGAUUAGGUGGUUUGCGAGAAACACGAAGCAAGUGGAAGUGUCCGAAGGCAGCCAGCGUAAGCACGAGAAGCAAUGCACGUGAUGAUGACGAUGAUGCAGCGACAAGGGAACCAAGAAGCUUCCAGUUCCUUGGAAGGGCCGCGGAGAGCGGAGAGCGGAGAUCGGAGAGCCGGCCAUCGUGUUCCAGGCGCAGAAGUGGGGAGAUGGGAUGAGCGGUGGUGGGAGGGAGAGGGAGAGAGGGAGAGAGGGAGAGAGGUCAGAUUAGCACAGGCAGAAGGAUUACCACCUACUGUGUAUU